AUGCGUGUGACGAGGAUCUUGUGGAUGUUGGCGGCCGCGUGGCUGGCGGCCGGGGUCAAGGACCACGUGGCGGCCUUGAACGAGACCAGCCACCGUCUCGACCAACCCGUCGAGAACGAGGUUUCGUUCACCAGCGGCGAGGCCACGGACCGUCACCACCACCCGCAUCAAACCGUGCCCGGCAAACCUACGAAGCUGGACGUGAACGUGAAUCAAAUGGUCGAAACGGACGACAGAUCCCGAUACCGGGUCGAGGAGAACUCGACCAACGUUCACGAUUUUCCAGAGGAGGAAGAGGAAGAGGAAGAGGAAGGGGCGAUUCCUGGCUCGCGCGUCCUUGGAAACGAUCCACUCGACAACAACGCGACGGACGCGUCGCGGAUAAUGGGGAGCGGGGACGGGAGGAAGGGCGAAAAAGGUAAAGAGGAGAGGCGGCAGGACGCGAGAGAGCACGUGGUAAUGAUACGUGGUCCGAGGAAGGAGUUAGUAGCCGGUAGAAAAGCUAGAAACUUCUUGAACGCCAUCUUUCAGGGAAAGAGUUCCUUUUUAACAGGAUUCGGACUUGGUUUUCUAGCAUUCGGCCUGAAGAAGCUGCUGCUACCUCUGAUUUUCGGUGUACAGAUCAUUAAGAGCGUCCUGCUCGCACUUUUCCUGCCCAGUAUCAUAGGGAGUAUCGGUAAUAUCGUUGGCAAAGGGGUUUCUUCGUUCGCCCAAUCGUCGCACACCACGGCCCAACCCGAAGAGAAUUUCGAGUUCAAGGAUAAUUCAGAUCUGUACAACGAUGAUUAUUUGACCAGGCAACCUGUUGGAACUCUACCGGCCUCCGCCAUGUACGACGAAACCAUGAUGCAGUCACAAAAGACACCGGAAAUCGCCUCGAGAUAUUCUUUCACCGAUCACAGAAUGACGCAUGCUAAUGCAGUCGCUGAUCGUUAUUACACCAGGCACGUCGCUGCUAAUGGACUUUCUAAAAAGCAAGAUUUCAAGGUGUUCCACGAGAUUCCAACGAGCUCGUUGCUGUUGACCAACUACGAUCCUUUCUACUCCCCCCUAUUGUCGCGCCUGGACGCGGUGUUUUCGCGCCUCGGUCACACGACCGAAGGUUGCAGGGAGUACGCGGUGUGCGCCAUGUAUCGAAGCCCGGCCAGAUACGCGCCGUACUCGAACCUCGUCUCGGCGCAAUUGUCCAGGGAAUUGAACGAGCUGAGGAGGCCGAGCAGCGACAAUCCUGACGUGCUCAGGUUCUUCCGUUACAUGAAGGCGGCCAAGGACGGCCAGGAUGGCGUCAAGUGCGAGGUGGCCUAUUCCAAUUGCGCGAUCGCGAGGGAAGAUCAAAAUCUGAGGCAGAAUCAGGCGAUGCUGGCCACGUAUCAGGACAUCGACAAACUGGUGCACGCGAGGAAGUUGUAA